AUGAAUUAUUUAUUUAAUAUUUUUGAAGAAGAGAAACCAAUUAAAAAAGCCCCCAUUAUAACAGAGGAAUGUUAUAGAAAUGGAUACCAUCCGAGUAAAUGGGAAUUAGCACAAGUAUUAUUGAAUGGUAUUUGGAAACCUUAUAAAUUCAAAAGUUAUAUGCAAUAUAAAUCAAGAGAACGUUUAAAUUUACAAGCAGAUACCCAAUGUCCAGAUGCAAUACUAUUGGAUGACCAAACCAACCAAGAGGUAUCAUUAUAUGAUUUAUUUAAUAGUAAUAAUAAUGAAAAAUCAGUGCAAGAUAGACCAAUGGUAUUAAUUUGUGGUAGUUUCACCUGACCCCCAUUCCGCGACAAGAUGUGUAUGUUUCAAGACAUCUUUGUCGAUUUUAAAGAGUGGGUUGAUAUUUAUAUUGUUUAUUUGAAAGAGAUACAUCCAGCUGAUGAAUGGUAUAUUGGUGGUGAUGAAAUUAGUCUAUGUUAUCGUCAACCUAAAACAAUGGAAGAUAGAAGGGAAAUAAUCAAAGAUUUGAAAGAGUAUGCUCCAUUUUGUACAAUUCCAUUCUUAAUUGAUAAAAUGGAUAAUAAUUUCAAUAAAGUUUAUGACGCAGUUCCAGAAAGGUUAUAUGUUUUAGAAGAUAAAAAAUUCAAAUAUGUUGGUGGUCCUGGCCCAUUUGGUUUCAUACCUGAAGAAUUACGUGAAUUUUUAACAAAACGUUAUAAACCACAUUUAUUAGAUCUUAAAAAUAAUUUAUCAAUACCACCAUCCCAAUAA